GGUGGCGGCGGAGGGGCGCUCAAUGCGCCUGCGCGCUGGUAGAGCUGGUAGCGGCGCUCCGUAGGGGUUCCGCGGUUCUCCGCGGUUCUCCGCGCGGCGGGCGCGGCCAUGGCGCAGCCGGGGAAGCUGCUCAAGGAGCAGAAGUACGACCGGCAGCUGAGGUUGUGGGGUGAUCAUGGGCAAGAGGCUUUAGAAUCUGCUCAUGUUUGCCUAAUAAACGCAACAGCCACAGGAACUGAAAUUCUUAAAAACUUGGUACUACCAGGUGUUGGUUCGUUUACGAUUAUUGAUGGAAAUCAGGUCAGCGGAGAAGAUGCCGGAAACAAUUUCUUCCUUCAAAGAAGCAGUAUCGGCAAGAACCGAGCUCAAGCUGCCAUGGAAUUCUUACAAGAAUUAAAUAGUGAUGUCUCUGGAAGUUUUGUGGAAGAGAGUCCAGAAAACCUUCUAGACAAUGAUCCUUCAUUUUUCUGUAGGUUUACUGUUGUGGUUGCAACUCAGCUUCCUGAAAGUUUCACAGUAAUAGAAUCUCAUCCAGAUAAUGCGUUAGAGGAUCUACGACUAGAUAAGCCAUUUCCUGAACUGAGAGAACAUUUUCAGUCCUAUGAUUUGGAUCAUAUGGAAAAAAAGGACCAUAGCCAUACUCCAUGGAUUGUGAUCAUAGCGAAAUAUUUAGCACAGUGGUAUAGUGAAACAAAUGGACGAAUACCUAAAACGUAUAAAGAAAAAGAGGACUUCAGAGAUUUGAUUAGACAAGGAAUUCUAAAGAAUGAAAAUGGGGCUCCAGAAGAUGAAGAGAAUUUUGAAGAAGCUAUUAAAAAUGUGAACACAGCACUAAAUACAACUCAGAUCCCAAGCAGUAUUGAAGAUAUAUUUAAUGAUGAUCGCUGCAUAAAUAUCACCAAACAGACUCCAUCAUUUUGGAUUUUAGCUCGUGCCUUAAAGGAAUUUGUGGCCAAAGAGGGUCAAGGAAAUUUACCUGUUCGAGGCACAAUUCCUGAUAUGAUUGCAGAUUCAGGCAAAUAUAUAAAACUGCAAAACAUUUACCGUGAAAAAGCAAAGAAAGAUGCUGCCGCUGUAGGUAAUCAUGUUGCCAAAUUGCUGCAGUCCAUUGGCCAGGCACCAGAGUCCAUUUCAGAGAAAGAAUUAAAAUUACUCUUUUUCCAUGGCCUCAGUGGUGUAGAUAUAAUUAUGGAAUUUUCAUUUUUAGGGGUAUCUAACUAUCAAGUUGAAGAAGAUAUAGGAAGGUUGAAGUCUUGUCUCACUGGCUUCCUUCAGGAAUAUGGUUUAUCUGUAAUGGUGAAAGAUGAUUAUGUCCAUGAAUUUUGCCGAUAUGGAGCUGCUGAGCCACAUACCAUUGCUGCAUUCUUGGGGGGAGCUGCUGCUCAAGAGGUCAUCAAAAUAAUCACGAAACAAUUUGUAAUUUUUAAUAAUACUUACAUUUACAGUGGCAUGUCACAAACUUCAGCAACUUUCCUGUUGUAGAGUAAGCACCUUAGACGGUGUGUUAAUGAUUGAAACUGUAAUUGCCUUUGGGUUGUGCUUUGGUCUGUAAAAUUCUAAAGGAGAGCUGCUAAAUUGUUUCAUUAAUAAACAUUUUUCUCAUUUGUAA